AGAUCAUCCAAUCUUAACUCCGAAGAUGCCGCCGUCUACCUUGAACGCUUCAGGAAAGAAGUGGAAGUUGUGGAUAAUAAGCUUGCAAAGGACAGAAAGCGACAGGAACAGAAAUUACACCAGAAACUGACGGCACUGAAGCAAAAGAGAAUCGAGGAAAAGGCGCGCGAGCAUCAACGGCAGAUGAAGGAGUUUGAAGAUCAACAAGAUGAGAAAUUUGAACAAGUAGAAAUCGACACUGUGGCCGCGAUAAGUGAAAAGCAGAAAAUGUUGCAAAAACAGCGGCAAGAAAUCGAAGAAAUAGAAAGGAAUUCAGACAGAGAGGCUGCCGAGGAAAUUGAAACUCUCAGAGAUCAACAGUUGCGCGAAGGGCACCAGAUGAUUAAGAACAAUGUCCAGAAAAUGUAUCAAGAACUAGUGAACAAAGGUUUAUCCGAGUCUGAGAAGGAAGCCAUUUUGGAGCGACAUAUGGCAGAUGUUGCUAUGCAGCAAGACGCUAGAGAACAGGAACGAAGGCGGCAGAGAGAAAUGCUUGAAGUUAGUUGGUUAAAUAAUACAGCGAACAAGUAAUUCAGUUUUUAUAUUACCACCCAGAAACGGCCUCGAUUUGUUUUUCCACGCUC